CAUUAAUUGAGGAUUGUGAAAAAUUUUCGCUACUACUUUUUUAGUCCGGUUUUAAUAAACAUUCAUUUAGAUUUGAACAAAACUAAAUCUUAAUAAUAUAAUAAAAAUGGCUUCAACUUCUUCUGCAAGUCAAUCCGAAAUGGCUCAAAAAACUUGGGAGUUGGAGAAUAAUAUCAAAACUAUUCCAUCGUGUGAUGAGAUUUUUCGGUAUGAUAGUCAACAACAAAGGCAAAUCUUAGACGCUAAACCAUGGGAAAAAGAUCCACAUUACUUCAAAGAGAUAAAAAUUUCAGCAUUAUCUUUGCUUAAAAUGACUAUGCAUGCCAGAUCUGGUGGAACAUUGGAAGUAAUGGGUUUAUUAUUGGGAAAAGUAGAGGAUAAUACAAUGAUCGUAAUGGAUGCUUUUGCUUUGCCAGUUGAAGGAACGGAAACCAGAGUUAAUGCACAAUCUCAAGCUUAUGAAUAUAUGACUGCUUAUAUAGAGUCGGCAAAAGAGGUUGGACGCUUAGAAAAUGCAAUUGGAUGGUAUCACAGCCAUCCUGGAUAUGGAUGCUGGUUAUCUGGCAUCGAUGUUUCAACACAAAUGUUAAACCAAAACUUUCAAGAGCCUUUCGUUGCUAUUGUUGUAGAUCCCGUUCGUACAGUUUCAUCAGGUAAAGUUUGUUUAGGUGCUUUUAGAACUUACCCAAAAGGUUUUAAGCCUCCAAAUGAAGAACCAUCAGAAUAUCAAACUAUUCCUCUUAACAAAAUUGAAGAUUUCGGAGUCCAUUGCAAACAAUAUUACUCUCUUGAAGUUAGCUAUUUCAAGUCAUCUUUAGAUAGAAAACUAUUAGAUUCUUUGUGGAAUAAAUAUUGGAUUAAUACUCUUGGAAGUUCUGGUCUUUUGACAAAUACUGAUUAUACAACGGGACAAAUAUUUGAUUUGUCUGAAAAGUUAGAACAGAGUGAAACAAGUUUAGGUCGAGGUCCGUUUGUCGUAACAGGCGAUAUCAACGAGAAGCGAACAGAAGAUAAAUUAACUAAAGCAACAAGGGAUUGCAGCAAAACUUCAAUAGAAUUGAUUCACGGUUUGAUGGCACAAAUUGCAAAAGACAAGCUAUUUAAUAAAAUUGGUUCAGGAAAUUAAUAGUUGGAGUUUAUAAAAUUAAACUAAAAUAUGUAACAAACUGAAAUAAAUUUUUAAAUUAUAAGAUAA